AUGGACACCAUCGAUCAGAAAUACGCACCACUCUCGGCCGCCGACUGCUUCCAGGAAGCCCUGCUCGUUACCGUCGGAGCAUCAAAACUCUUCCGGGUCUACUCCAACCCAGGCAAGUCUCCGGUCCUCUUCGUCUUCCACCAUGGCGCCGGCUAUUCCGCCCUCAGCGCCGCUUGUCUAGCCCGGGAACUCCGCGAGCAGGGUGGCGGCCAAUACGGCUUCUUAAGCUUUGACUGUCGAGCUCACGGUGCCUCUCAGGUUGAAUCGGAAGAUAGUGGGCCACCUGAUCUAUCCUUAUCUACCCUUGCAAACGACUUGGUCGACCUUCUCAAGACGAUCUAUCCCGAUAAGACACUUGCCCCAGCCUUCGUCCUCGUAGGCCACAGCAUGGGCGGAGCAGUGGUUACUGAGGCAUGCGCCGGGAUCCAAACACAUGUCGGAAAGGUUCUCGGCCUGGUCAUCUUGGAUGUUGUCGAAGGUUCAGCCCUCAGUGCCUUGAUCAGCAUGAUGCCGCUCAUUAACUCGCGUCCAUCGUCGUUUAGCUCCUAG